UUCUACUAAAACCGAAACUGAAAGUUUUUCUGGCAAUGUUGUCAUUCAGAGGCUAAAUUGUGCUACGAAGUAAAUAAUGGCGUUGAUGAUGAGGAACAUAUUUAUAAAACCGUUUUGUAAAUUUUUGGUGCUAAUUAUUUUUAACUUUCAAAGCAGUCCAAAUAUUGGUGCAAACGCUUCUCCAGCAUUUAAUGUUAUCACAUCGAAUUCAUCACAUUACCGUCAUUAUGAGGAACUGAAGGAAAAUCUGCUGAAAUUAGAAAAAGAUUAUAAAACUUUAACUAGUGUUUAUUCCAUAGGUCAAAGUGUAGAGAAACGGGAACUAUAUGUUAUACGAAUAACAUCAAAUGUAACAAUUAACAAACCUAUGUUUAAAUAUGUGGCUAACAUACACGGCAACGAAGCAGUUGGUAGAGAACUACUUUUAAACUUAGCUCAAUAUUUGCUUGAAAACUACGGAAAGGACGAAAGAGUAACAAAGAUAGUUGAUUCAAUUGAUAUACAUUUAUUACCAUCAGCUAAUCCCGAUGGCUUUGAGUUUGCUCGUGAAGGUGAUUGUUUUGGUUCCUCCAAACCAACUGGAAGAGAAAAUGCGAAUGGAAUUGAUUUAAAUCGAGAUUUUCCGGACCAGUUUUCUUUGGAUGAAACAACCAGAAUGACUGCUGGUCGUCAGCCGGAAACAGUUAAUUUAAUGACUUGGAUUGUUUCCAAUCCGUUUGUGCUUUCUGCUAAUUUACACGGAGGUGCAUUGGUUGCAAACUAUCCUUUUGAUGAUUCUAAGUAUCAUAAAAUUUUUGGUGUAAAAAGCCCCUCACCAGAUGACAAAUUAUUCAUGAAGUUAGCUAAAACUUAUUCAAAUUCACAUGCAUUUAUGAAAGAGGGACAUAUUUGCCCUGAUGAUGAUUUUCCAGGAGGAAUUACUAAUGGUGCAGAGUGGUAUGAUGUUGCUGGUGGAAUGCAAGAUUUUAAUUAUAUGUUUAGUAAUUGUUUUGAAAUCACUUUGGAACUUUCUUGUUGCAAAUAUCCUAAAUUUUCAAAUAUAUCUGAUGAAUGGGAAAAUAAUAAAGAAGCCCUAUUAUCUUUCAUGGAGCAGAUUCAUAUUGGUGUCAAAGGAAAAGUUGUUGAUUCUGAAACAAAAGAGUCUAUAAAGCAAGCUUUUGUAACUGUUAUAAGCAUUGAUCAUAAUGUUACAACUACAGAAACUGGCCACUAUUGGCGCUUGCUUUUACCUGGUAUUUACAAUGUGCAGUAUUCUGCUUAUGGAUAUAAUUCAAAAGUCCAGCUGGUUGUUAUUAAGGGAAAUGUUACAGAAGAGGUCAAUGUUGAACUUGAUCCAGACUCUCCUGUGACUCAGCAAAAUCUUGAAACUUCUUCUACUUCACCAACUCCUAUUAAAAUCACUGAAUCAUCUGUUUCAACAUCUGAAUAUGUGCCUUCUAUAACUCUAAGUCAUGGAUCAGAAACCGAUAAAAAAUCUGACGUUCCACUAUUUAAGCAUCAUCACUAUGAAGAAAUGGUUGCAAUAAUGAAAAACGUAUCUCAGGAGUGUUCUAACAUUUCUAGAUUGUAUACCAUUGGGCAGUCUGUAGACAAUCGAGAAUUAUAUGUGAUUGAAAUGAGUGAUAAUCCCGGAAUACAUGAACCAGGUGAACCUGAAUUUAAAUAUGUUGCUAAUAUGCAUGGCAAUGAGGUUGUAGGAAGAGAAAUGCUACUGCUAUUGAUUCAGUAUUUUUGUGAAAGUUAUGAUAAAGAUGAAAAGAUUAAAAGGUUACUCGAUACUACUAGAAUCCAUAUCAUGCCUUCUAUGAAUCCAGAUGGCUAUGAAAAAGCUAGAGAAGGAGAUGCUGAUGGAGAAGUUGGACGAGAAAAUGCAAACAAUGUGGACUUGAAUCGAAACUUUCCAGAUCAAUUUGGUGUAUUUAAAGAAAAUGCUGUAGCACAACCAGAAACAGCGGCAAUGAUGAAAUGGAUUUUGUCCUAUCCGUUUGUGUUAUCAGCCAAUUUGCAUGGUGGUUCAUUAGUUGCAAAUUAUCCUUUUGAUGAUAAUGCAGCAGGAAAAGAUAUGUAUAGCAAAAGUCCAGAUGACUCCGUUUUUCGAAAAUUGGCUUAUGUAUAUUCUGAGAAACAUCCUACCAUGCAUUUAGCUCAACCUUGUGGUAAAGGAUUAAUGAAUGAAAAAUUUCCUGAUGGAAUAACUAAUGGUGCUGCAUGGUAUAGUGUUUCUGGCGGCAUGCAAGAUUGGAACUAUUUGCAUAGUAAUUGCUUUGAAAUCACUUUGGAACUUGGUUGUUUCAAGUAUCCAAAUGCAAGUCAGCUUCCAGAAUACUGGAGACACAACCGAGAACCUCUCAUUGCUUUUAUCGAUCAGGUUCAUAGUGGUAUCCAUGGUUUUGUGAAAGAUGCAAAUGGUAAUGGUUUAUCGAAUGUAACUAUACAUGUUGAUGGAAUAGAUCAUGAUGUUAUAUCUUCCCGCUUUGGUGAUUAUUGGCGCCUUUUAGCUCCUGGCAAAUAUAUGGUUGUUGCAAGUCUUGAUGGGUAUGCCCGAAGCACUCUUCAAGUCGUUGUUCCAGAUGAUGUGCAAGGAAUUCAAUUGAACUUCACUCUUGAUAACAAGUUUUUUGAGUGGUCGGAGAAAAAUGAUUUUGGUAUUUUAGAAAACAUUGACGACAAUUAUGUAGAUUUCAUGGAACUGCACAACCAGUUAUUAAAGCUAUCCUCAGAAAAUAAAGCUCUCGUAAAACCGAUGGCCAACUUUGGUAGAAAUGGAUUAAAAGCCUUAAAUUUCAUAAUUAUAUCCUCAGAGGUUGAAAAAAGUGAUCAUAAACGUAAAGUAGCUAUUGUUGGUGCUCUUCAUCGUAACCAACCCAGUGGAAGAGAGUUAUGCCUCAGGCUCGCUCGUCAUCUUGUUGAAGGUUAUAAACAAAAAGAUCCUAAAAUUGUUAAAUUAUUGGAGGAUUUGGCAAUACACAUAAUACCUUCUGUGGAUAACAGAGAAUUUGGAAAGUCACAUCCCAGAGAAAAAAAUACAUCAAAUGACUUAGAUUUUGGAGAUAAAUUUGGGGAUGAUUUCGAGGGAGUGUUUGCACCGGUUGAAGGCUUAAAAAAUAAUCUUAACUCUUAUCAUUAUUCUUCAUUAAUAAGUAUUGAAGAAGAAGGUUUAGAAAUGAGCUUACCUCAAAGCAUUGAAAAUGAUGUUUUGGAUUCUGCGACCUUCAGUGAUUUAUCCAGGGCAUUUGUUCAGAACCACCCUCUUUUAUCUAAGGCUUCAAUGUGUGGAGAACAAACUUCAUUAAGUCCAUCUGAUCUAACAACUAAUACUCUAUUGGAUUAUGCUUUUACUAAGCAUGGAACUAUUGCAACAAUUUUGUUUGAUGUUUCAAGUAGAGGGUUAAAUAUUUGUCAUUUUCUUAGUAUAUGCUUACCUCAAAGCAUUGAAAAUGAUGUUUUGGAUUCUGCGACCUUCAGUGAUUUAUCCAGGGCAUUUGUUCAGAACCACCCUCUUUUAUCUAAGGCUUCAAUGUGUGGAGAACAAACUUCAUUAAGUCCAUCUGAUCUAACAACUAAUACUCUAUUGGAUUAUGCUUUUACUAAGCAUGGAACUAUUGCAGUUGCAGCUCAUAUAAGUUGUGGUAACAAUCCAGAUCCUAGUGUUCUACCAGAAUUAUGGCGCAAUAAUCUGCGUUCACUGAUUAGUUUUCUUCAAGCAUCCUCUGAAGGUGUUGUUGGCCACAUUAAAAGUAAUGAUGGUUAUCCUCUUCCCAAUUCAUCUGUACAUUUACUUGGGAAAGAAAGACUUAUACCUGUUGAUUCGACUAUGGGUUUUUACAGCGUUAUCUUGCCUGCAGGGCAGCAUAUCUUAAACUAUGCUUCUCCUGGCCAUGAGAAUGUCAGUAAAUCAAUUAAUGUUGAAAGUGGGAAAUUAAUCAAUCUUGAUGUGGUUUUAGAUACUGUUAUUUCUCAAGUUUCACUUACUGACUAUUCUAAAAUUGAAAAAUCAUUAAAGGAAAUAAAAAAUAUUAAUCCUAGGAUAACAAAAAUUUACAGCCUAGGUGAGAGCAAGAACCAUAAGCAAUUAUGGGUACUGGAAAUUAAUAAUCAUGAUAAGGAGAAUUUACAAUUACCUGGUAUUAGAUUUAUGGCUGGCUUAAAUGGUUAUGAACCUGUGACAACUGAAUUACUUAUUCAGUUAGCAAAAUAUUUAGUAUCUUUGUAUGAAAAAGACACUACCAUAACUGAUUUAAUAAACAGAAGGGUGAUAUAUAUAGCACCUCUUUUGAACCCAGACAAUAUUCUAAAAAACGAACUAACAAAUUGCUCUCUUGGAAUGACAUCAGCAAGUGCCAGUCUAAUUACUAAUUUUCUUGGAGAAGAUGAAAGACCUGAGGUUAAACUCAUUAAACAGUGGACUUACUCUAAACCAGCUAUAAUUUCUGCAGAAUUAUACUCUGGGGCAAAAGUUGUUGCUUUUCCUUUUCAAGAUUCAUCUGCUCCAAAUGAGUAUAUGGCACAAGGAGAUAAAAAUGUGUUUGCAGACUUGGCCAGAGAAUACAGCAUGAAUCAUCCAACUAUGCAUUUAGGAAGUUUUACUUGUGCAUCUCAAAGUUACAAUUUUCCGGGUGGUAUUGUUCAAGCUUCUAAUCUACAUAGCCACCAUGGAAGUUAUAUGGAUUAUGUUUAUAAUAAAACAGAAGGCUAUGACUUGGAAAUAUUUGCUGACUGUUGUGCUUAUCACACACCUGAAGAGAUGGCUCAGAUUUGGUUAAAUCACAAACCUCCAUUGCUAAAUCUUAUAAGACAGGCAAGGUCAAAUGAGUAUAUGGCACAAGGAGAUAAAAAUGUGUUUGCAGACUUGGCCAGAGAAUAUAGCAAGAAUCAUCCAACUAUGCAUUCAGGAAGCUUUACUUGUGCAUCUCAAAGUUACAAUUUUCCGGGUGGUAUUGUUCAAGCUUCUAAUCUACAUAGCCACCAUGGAAGUUAUAUGGAUUAUGUUUAUAAUAAAACAGAAGGCUAUGACUUGGAAAUAUUUGCUGACUGUUGUGCUCAUCACACACCUGAAGAGAUGGCUCAGAUUUGGUUAAAUCACAAACCUCCAUUGCUAAAUCUUAUAAGACAGGCUGAUCGAGGGAUUUCUGGAUCUAUAAUUACGGCAACUGGGCAACCUCUUCCUUUUGCUGAAAUAUCGAUUGCUAAUUUUACAAGGCAAUUUCAUAGCUAUUCUGACGGAGACUACCACCUUCUACUUUUCCCUGGAGAAUAUGUUGUCACGGUCAUCGCAGGUGGUCAUUUACCACUUACAAAGAUUGUGCAUGUAUAUGCUGGUCAAGCAACAAGCGUUGACUUUAAAUUAAAACAAGACCCUCGCAUUGUUGGGGUACCUCGACAUUCCUUUUUUAUAAUUAUAGGAUCUUUGGCACUUUUGCUGUUAGUUACAAUAAUGUGUAUCUAUAGCACAAUUUUAUACAAAAAGAGAAAAGGUUACUCCUUCCAUCGCCUAGAUCAAGGACAGUGUUUGUUUGAUGAAGAUGAUUUUCCUGGUUCUCUGAAAUUUGGCACUAAAUUAGGUUUAAAAUCAAAAGAAUACCGGGAUGAUACCUCAUCAGAAGAUGAACUAUAUAAUACAUAUGCAUGGAAAAAUGGCCAUGGGAAACAGAAAAAGAAACUUUUAGAUGAUACUACGUAACUUGGAUCUGGAGAUAAAAUAUGUGAUAAUAAGUAUUCAUUCCUGUAUGUUGAUAAUAGUAAAUAACAAUGUAAAUAGAUUAAAUGUUGUUAUUUUUAGAAUUUUAUUCAAAUAGAAAAAAAGCUGUAGUCUUCAAAUAAUUUUAAGUAUUUAUGGAAAUUUUAAUAUGCAUAAAAUUA